AAAUGAAUCCAUCUCAAGUCUCAACCCCUUUUUCCCUCUUCAAAUCAAAAUCUCUCCUCAUUUUCUCUCUCCUCCCCCCUGAAAACGAAACUCGACUCCAACUCCAAACAGCCCUAAACCACUGCCAUAACAACCGUCAACCACCGCGACAACUCAAUUAAAAUAGUUAAUCAACGUCGUUUCAAAUGCAAGAGCUCUUUGGAUCAGUCCGCCGAUCUCUAGUAUUCCGACCAUCUUCUUCUCCCUCAUCCUCCCCAACCACCGACACCGACACCGACGUCGGCUUUGGUGGUUUCGUUGAUAAACUUGGCUCGUCUAUUCGGAAAUCACGUAUCGGUAUUUUCGCUGCCAAAUCGCCGUUGAAAGCGCUUCCUUUUCCUCCGGCGAAGGAGAAUAUGCCGCCGAUAAAAGAUGAAGCUCCGCCUAUUCGAUGGAGGAAAGGCGGGUUGAUUGGUUCUGGCGCUUUCGGGAGAGUUUAUAUGGGGAUGAACAUUGAUACUGGAGAACUCCUUGCUGUUAAGCAGGUUUCGAUUGCUUCAGGUGGUGCGUCUAGGGAGAAAACUCAGGCUCACAUAAGGGAAUUGGAGGAAGAAGUGAAUCUGCUUAAGAAUCUCUCACAUACACAUAUAGUUAGAUAUUUGGGAACUGCAAGAGAGGAGGAGGCUUUCAAUAUCUUGUUGGAAUUUGUUCCGGGUGGAUCUAUUUCAUCGCUUCUUGGCAUUUUCGAUUUAUUUCCAGAAUCUGUCAUAAGAACGUACACUAAGCAGUUGCUACUGGGGUUAGAGUAUCUGCAUAAGAAUGGGAUUAUGCAUAGGGAUAUUAAGGGUGCAAACAUCCUUGUUGACAAUAAAAUAGGUAUCAAACUAGCAGAUUUCGGUGCUUCCAAGAAAGUUGUUGAGCUGGCUACUAUGACCGGGGCAAAAUCGAUGAAGGGUACUCCACACUGGAUGGCACCUGAAGUUAUUCUUCAGACUGGACAUAGCUUCUCUGCUGAUAUAUGGAGUGUUGGAUGUACGAUCAUUGAAAUGGCCACAGGAAAGCCUCCAUGGUGCCAGUAUCAGGAGGUGCAAGCGCUAUUUCAUAUUGGGACCACCAAGUCUCAUCCUCCCAUCCCCGAACACCUUUCAGCUGAUGCAAAGGAUUUUUUGAUGAAGUGCUUACAAAAGGAACCAUGCUUAAGGGCCUCUGCUUCAGAACUUCUACAGCAUCCAUUUGUCACUGGAGAAUAUCGGGAAGCUCAAACUGGAUUUCGUCGGUCAGUUAUGGAAAAUACUGGAAACCAAACUACUACAUCAACAGAUCAGAAGAGCAUCAGAAGCAACGUAAUGAGGUCAAUCAGUGGCGGUCUAAAAGAUAUUUGCAAUAUGGGUAGUGUGAGGUGCUCAACAGUUUACCCUGAUAAGUUCUCUGGUACAAGUCCUCUAUGGGGUACAUACACUAGCGAUGAUGACAUGUGUAUGAUAGAUGAUAAAGAUGACUUUGCAGUAAGCUCAUCAGCACAAUCAAGCCCUGCAAUGUUUGCAGAUGACUUUAGUAAGAGUGUCAAUCCUAUGUGUGAGCCGACUGAUGAUUGGCCAUGCAAAUUUGAUGGAAGCCCCGAGGUUGGAAGAAGCAACAUCGACUUGUUUCCUAGGGAAAAUUCUGGAACUGCUGAAGCAUCUUGCAAUGGAGAAACUGAGGUUGGAAGAAGCAACAUCGACUUGUUUCCCGGGGAAGAUUGUGGAACUGCUGAAGCAUCUUGCAAUGGAGAAUCUGAGUUUACAUUCCCAAGUGAAACAUUGGCUGAUCAUGAUGAAGAAGUUACUGAGUCAAAGAUUCAGGCAUUCUUGAAUGAAAAGGCUUUCGAUCUCAAGAAACUGCAAGAAGAGUUCUAUAAUAAUACAAUAAAUGUGGCCUCCCCAAAAGCUUUUAAGGCUAUAGACAAUGAUACUGUAAGUAAUUUGCCUUCAAAGAGCAAGUCGCCUGCACCAGUACCCAGUAGACGACAAUCUACCGCAGGUGAUGUUUCCAGGAAUACGAGUCCUGCGAGCCACUGCAGACCUGUCCUAAAAAUGGAUGUUCUCAGAGAGCAGCCUUCAAAAGAGCUUCCUGAGAUCAGAGAUAUACAGAAAGAAGGACAUAGUUCAAGUCCAAGCUUCUCUGAGAGGCAAAGGAUAUGGAAAGAAGAACUUGACAAAGAACUUGAGAUGGAAAGAGAGAGACUAGCUGAAAGAUUGCGGCAGGCAGGAGGGAAGACCUCAUCCCCAAAUAAGCGGAUUCCCUGUCAACAUAGGGAACGAUUACCAUUUACAUCCCCGCCUAAAUGAGUACAUGUUUUUUAAUGUCUCUGGCCAUGAUGCUUUGAGGAAGAUGUGCUUGCCAGGAAAGCACGAAUGUAUCUAGCAGUAUUUUUGGUAAAGAAAGUUGUGUUAAAUAAUACUCCAUAUAGCGACCACCUAGCAGUCUUUCCAUGAAUGGCAGGUCUGCCAGUUGAUCAAUUGUAUCCGUCUUCUGGAAGGUGUGAAGAGGCUGACGAAUCACAUCUUCAUUCAGUGUUUUGUAAUUUCUUACUUCUGCUGAUUAAGCGCGAUUUGUAUGUUUUAUGCUGAAUAUUAAAGAAUGUGAUGUUGAGUUUUUCUCUGGCAAUGAUGAAGACUUUUAUAGCAAUGUAUAGAGGCAUGUUGAUAACGGGUGAUGUAUUAUAAUGGCUCCAUUAUAUAAAUAUCCAGAGCUUUGUCUUCUUUAUACUCAGUAA